AUGGAACUUCCACUGGAGAUCAUCGAAAGCAUCGUCGAGGUGUUCACAAAGGACUCGAAGGAGAACAAGCAGGCACUCAUCAACUGCAGCUUGGUUUCUCCCGAGUUUCGCAGCUGUUCCCAGCGCGUCCUCUUCCGGACCAUCCGCCUCGAGAGAACGGCGAACUCGGGGGAUCCGGGACAAGACGUCCGCGCCAUCCUCAACGUUCUCAAGGCAAGCCCAGAUCGACUCUGGCGUGAGCGCGACCUCGACAAGUGCCCUCUCAACGACUUGGCUCGGCUGGAAUUUCCAAACCUCACGGAUCUGACCUUGGGAGAAGCGUGGUAUUGGGCGUCUUGGAUUGCAUUCCCCGACGCCGCCCGACGGUGGAUAGAGGAUCUGUGCAACGGGAGGACGCGCACGAGAUUGCAGUCGCUUACGAUCUUGGGUAUGAGGGGAACCCCGCCCUCUCUCCUUCUCACAGGGCCGUCGCUUCAACGGCUUUGGUUCGACGAAGUGGUCCAUACUUUCCAUUCUGUCGACUUGCACACCUUCAAAGCUGCCGCUACUGCUCGUGGUGCCGAAACGAGAACAACUUUGCCCUUCUGCCAGCCGAGAGUUUUGGAGUUGGGAUGGGAGACUGAGCGGUGUCUGGAUGACCUGUUCGCGUUGGACACGAGAAUACUCUCGCGUGUGGAAGAGAUGUGCGUGUCGAUGGCUAAUCCGCUGUCAGGUGUCCAGAACAUAAACAGCGCGCUUGGUCUAUGUGGUGAAUCCUUGCAGAAACUCAGGAUUACGUUCCUCCAUGACCACGCUCUAAAUCUACAUCCCCUGAAGAACCUGACGUCCAUCGUCCUCGUUGGAGUGAGGGGACCCACUUAUUUUCCGUCUUUCCUCCCCGCGUUGAAGAGUCUCAAUACUCUCGACGAUGGAACCCCACUCCAGUCACUGGAACUGGAAAUGAGCAACAUGCACAACGUCGACAGCUGGGACGACCCAGCAAGUUUGGCAGUACGCCCGCUUGAUCCUGGCGUCUGGGACACCCGUGAAGCCAUCGACGAAUGCCUUGCGACGAUUAUCCGUCGUUUUCCGACGACGUUCACCCGAGUCCACCUCAAUUCGAAGAUCCAUGUUAAGGCUCCGUGUGAAAAGCCUGCUUCGAGACAGGGGUUGGCGAGGGAAACGGGUGAGUUUGAGAUGUGGAAGGAGAGGGCAGAAGUGCUCAUGGUUACGCCGGAGGAACUGUUUCCUGUCGCUUCGUCGAAGGAAAAUGUGCUGUUCGACUUUUCUUUCCCUUGGGGAGGUAUUUUUUGGAGAUGGGAGUGGUAG